GCCUUCCUGGUCAGAAGUGGAGCAGUCCUUGCCCGGAGAGCUGCCUGUGGUCAGUGUGCUCGGGGCGAGGGCGAGCACGGGGUGAGCUCCUGCCCUGGGUGCAGCAGCAGGAGGAUUUCUGAGCUUGUUUGCCUUCCCUGCCUGCUGUCUGGCUGCAACCACUCCCUUAACCCUUGCUGGAACAUCUCCAGUGCUGGGGUUGGGGUUCUGGGUUGCUUUUCCCCCCAGCACCCCAUGCUGAGCUCUAUCCUGCAGUGACCGGAGAGGAUUGAAAGCAAUCUGGCUUCAGAGCAGCGGCUUGGAGGCAAAUCCUCAAUCCCAUUACUUGUUCCCUGGCAGCCCCUGUGUGGAACUGGGGUACCAGGGAUGUUAUCAGAGCCUCUGAGGCUGCUGCCCAAAAGGCAUCACCUUGGGAAUCAAUAUACCUGUUGAAUUCCAGCUGCCUGGUGUGCCAGGGCUGCAGUUACACGGAUAUAAAGAUCCCUUUCACUGCUGCAGCUGUUUCCACGUGGAAAGUGGGAUUUCUGUUCCUGCAGAGCCACCUUUACACCAACAUACUCAUGUCAGAGGCCCCAGUCAUGUAAACACGUUGGGAUCUCCGGGAGGCCCCUGGGACCUUGAUGUGGGUGUGAUUUUUAUUUUAUUUUAUUUUUAUUUUAUUUUUUUGGUGGUUUACAUUUUUCCGACGGAUGAAUUUGGGAGCAGCCACACGCUCGACCCCGCUCCAGGCUGGCUGUGCUGAGGCCCUGCUGAAGGAUGCUCUGGCCACACAAACCCCUGUGGCAGGGGAAGGACCCCCACUCGAGGACAAAGACACCCAACCAAGGAAAAUUCCAGAGGCUCUCCAGCCCUGCCUCCCUGGGAAAGGGAAGUGGAAUAAACACCAGUGAUGAAAGGCUUUUAUCUCCGAGGGGAGGAGGAGAUGCAACUCUUCCCAAGUUUUGUCUGCAGGGCUGUUCCUGCUCUAACAAACUGGGAAGCAGCAAGUCCAGGGGCCUGGUGAGAUCCGGGCUGGGACAGGGGCAGCCUCACAGAGGCACGUUCAAGGCUUCCUUUUGUGUUUUGUUGUGGUUUUUUUUUCCACUCUCUGACAUCCAACUGCUGCUCCCCUUCUCCCUCCCCAAGGCUGGGGAUCCACAGGCUCCUUCCCUGCCCUGCCCGUGUCCAGCCGAGCCUGCUCUUAUCACAAAUCCCUUUUUUCCCCCCGCAGUGCAAACACUGCUCCUUGCUGUUCUCUCACCUCUCCUCCUCCCUCUUUGUUUUCUGUAAAUCCCUCACUCUGUUUCUCUCGUGCUCCGUGUGGUUUUUGUUUUGUUUCCAGCUUACGUUGUUCAUCUUAAAAUCUCUUUUUUUUUUCUAUUUUUUUUAAUCCAGGCUGAAGAAAACUGAGCAUUAUCAAUGCUUCUCUUUUGGUUUCCUUUUUUCCCCCCCUUCAGAGUGUUGUGUAAUCAUCGGAUCCUUUUAUUCUGUAUCUGUAAAUAGACAAAGGAACUUGUACAGGGAGUUUUUCCUGGAGUAGCUGUUCACAGUUACCUGUUGAAAUGAAUCUCACAUGCAAACACGUUUAUUCCACACAGAUGUACCAACCCACCCCUCCUUUACUUCAAACUUGCACUCUGGUCGUUCACAAUGCCUGUAAAAGUUAAUUGAGGAAGAGGAUAAAGGGGAAUAUUUGUGCAGGUAAAGCUUGUGGUUUGUCCCCAUGCUGGGAGGGCUGUGGAUCCAGUGACAGCAUUCCUGGAGGGAUGAAGCCCUAAGGCUGGGAAAAGGAAUAUCUGAAGCCAGCAUAAAAACAAGCACUGAAGGGAAUUCCCAGGAGAGGACUUUUGCAGGAGGUGGAGUCUGAUGAAGUUCCAGUGAACUCGGGAGCCGCCGUUCCCAGAUGAAUCCCCGGAUCUGUCUGGGUGGAUCUCACCUGCCCAACCUGGAGCAGAGUGGGUUUGCUCCGUGUCUGGUGCUCUGUGUCCAGAGGGAACAUCCUUUCCUUGCUGGUGGUGGAUGUUUCCUCCUUCCACCUGCAGCAGAUCAAAGUUCCAGGCAGGAGAGCGAGAGGAGUUUGACACGAUGCGGAUCCGCUCCCUCCAAGCUCUUCCCUCUUCCUCCAUGGGAAGAGCCCGAGUGGACAGACAAUUCUUGGCUCACAGACAUGGCUGACAAGAACAGCACCCUGAAAUGCACGUUCUCUGCUCCUGGCCACAGCACCACUCUGCUGCAGGGACUGGCCUCGCUCCGAGCUCAGGCUCAGCUGCUUGAUGUCAUCCUCACUAUAAAUAAUGAAGUGUUUCAGGUUCAUAAAGUUGUCUUGGCUGCCUGCAGUGACUAUUUCAGGGCAAUGUUCACGGGCGGGAUGAGAGAGGCCAGCCAGGACGUGAUCGAGCUGAAAGGUGUGUCUGCAAAGGGCCUGAAGCACAUCAUCGACUUCGCCUACAGCGCCGAAGUGACUCUCGAUCUCGACUGCAUCCAGGACGUGCUGGGAGCCGCCGUCUUCCUCCAGAUGGUGCCCGUCGUGGAGCUCUGCGAGGAGUUCCUGAAGUCUGCCAUGAGCGUGGAGACGUGCCUCAACAUCGGGCAGAUGGCCACCACCUUCAGCCUCUCCUCCCUGAAGGAAUCCGUGGACGCCUUCACUUUCAGGCACUUCCUGCAGAUCUCCGAGGAGGAGGAUUUCCUCCACCUGCCCCUGGAGCGCCUGGUGUUCUUCCUGCAGAGCAACAAGCUGAAGAGCUGCAGCGAGAUCGACCUGUUCCGCGCCGCCGUGCGCUGGCUGCAGCACGACCCCGCGCGCCGCGCCAGCGCCAGCCGCGUCCUGUGCCACAUCCGCUUCCCGCUCAUGAAGUCCUCGGAGCUGGUGGACAGCGUGCAGACCCUGGACAUCAUGGUGGAGGACGUCCUGUGCCGCCAGUACCUGCUGGAGGCCUUCAACUACCAGAUCCUGCCCUUCCGGCAGCACGAGAUGCAGUCCCCGCGCACGGCCAUCCGCUCCGACGUGCUGUCCCUCGUCACCUUCGGCGGGACGCCCUACACGGACAACGACCGCACCGUCAGCGCCAAGGUCUACUGCCUGCCCGACGCGGGCGGCCGCCAGUUCAAGGAGCUCACGGAGAUGGAGGUGGGCAGCAGCCACUCCUGCGUGGCCGUGCUGGACAACUUCGUCUACCUGGUGGGCGGGCAGCAGCUGCAGUACCGCAGCGGGGAGGGGGCCGUGGACGUCUCCUACCGCUACGACCCGCACCUCAACCGGUGGCUGCGCAUCCAGGCCAUGCAGGAGAGCAGGAUCCAGUUCCAGCUGAACGUCCUGCACGGCAUGGUGUACGCCACGGGCGGCAGGAACCGCUCGGGGAGCUUGGCCUCCGUGGAGAAGUACUGCCCCAAGGACAACGAGUGGACCUACGUGUGCUCCCUGAAGCGCAGGACGUGGGGCCACGCCGGGGCCACGGCGGGGGACAGGCUGUACAUCUCGGGGGGCUACGGGAUCUCCGUGGAGGACAAGAAGGCCCUGCACUGCUACGACCCCGCCGCCGACCAGUGGGAGUUCAAGACGCCCAUGAACGAGCCCAGGGUGCUGCACGCCAUGGUCAGCGCCAACGGCCGGAUCUACGCCCUGGGCGGGCGCAUGGACCACGUGGACCGUUGCUUCGACGUGCUGGCCGUGGAGUAUUACGUGCCCGAGACCGACCAGUGGACCACGGUGAGCCCCAUGCGCGCCGGGCAGUCGGAGGCCGGCUGCUGCCUGCUGGAGAAGAAGAUCUACAUCGUGGGGGGUUACAACUGGCACCUGAACAACGUCACCAGCAUCGUGCAGGUCUACAACACCGAGACCGACGAGUGGGAGAGGGACUUGCACUUCCCGGAGUCCUUCGCCGGGAUCGCCUGCGCUCCCGUCAUCCUGCCGCAGGCGCCGAGCCAGAGGUGACCGCCGGCCCCGGGCUCCCCUCGUGGUGCCCUUUGCUGCCUGCAAAUGUGUGGUUUUGGGGGAAAGGGGAGGAGAAAACCAGCUUGGGAGUCCCUCCUCCUCCUCCCGU